GAAGAAACAGAAGAAGAGAAAGAAAGAAAAGAGAGAAAAGAAAUAAGAGAGAGAGAGUAGAGAAAGAUAGUGAGAGUUAUCUUUGUACUUUUAUUAUUUAAGAUCAUGAAAGAAAGCACUAUUGCUGCCUUGAGGAUGUGGGCAUACUUGCUGAAUCUCGUAAAUAUUGUGUCUUAUUUAUUUUAUAUUCCACUACACACAUAUCCUUAAUUUCACAACACACACAGAAUUUUCAUAGACUGUUUAGAAGUUAUAAAAAGUCUUUAUUCAAUAUAGGGUGAUUUUUGUUGACUCCUUAAAAGCCUAUAUUGAAUACACUUGAAUUUGAGAGUCAAGUAAAGUCCAUUAAACCCUAUACACAAUAACCUUCGUAAUAUUUAUGGCCGCUCUCUCGCUAUGUUGAGAGAGCCUUUAGUAGCAGAUACAUAUGACUUACUGCUUAACCUUUAAUCGUAGAGCGACAACUGUUCUUCAAAUAUGGUAUGAUGGUUUUGUAGUUUUUGGGAUUGGCAAGAACUAUGGAAAUGCCUCAUACUAAGAUUUGUUGCCAACAUGCAUGAUCAACAAAUGGUGGUGUGAUCUUACUCUCGAGACACCGUUUUUGUGGUUUGAGGGAUUCAAGCCAUGUUCUUGUCGUGUGUUAUUGCAAGGUCUUCGUAUGAUGGUAUGUUCUCCCGUGACUAGACUAUUGUAGAGCUUCAGUUGUGUUGUUAUUUUUUUCCCUCAAAGAAAAAUUAACACCUAUUAAGAGCAUAAUUAUCGUAAUACAAUAACAACUAUUAUAUGUACGUACAUUAAAAAAAUGACCUCCGAUCCUUACUCAAUGAAUUAAUUAUAGAAAGAUUGCGCGUAUCAAAACUCCCAUCCAUUACGCCAUUUCUUACUAAGAAAAUCAAUCUGAAUCUAUAAUAUAAUAACGACGAUGAUGAUGAUUGUGUGCUUUAUAUAGUCAAUCAUAGUAGAGAUAAAGUCCAACAAAAACUGACCGUUCAUUAGCAUUAUGUUGCGAUUGACACCUUUAAAUUGUCCACAAUUGACUCUAUCUUUGUCCUCUCUCUCCAUCCCACAUCAUUCUAUCCUAGGAUCACCCACACCCUACCACAACCGCACAUGAAUAUUAAAAAAUGGUCCCAUAACUUCAUCGGUAGGCGCCAACCCUCAAAGCUUAUAGCUUUUGCCCAACAACUGUCUAUAUAAACGCUUUCAAGUUCCCAUUGCUGUCUCACAACCAUAAGCACUUUCUCUCCUCUUCACAUUCACAACCAAAAACCACCACGUAAGUUUACAGAUUGUGAACAGCCAAAACCAAAAUCCCCAUUCUUCCAAAUUUUCAAUUUUAGCGGUACAUAUAUUUAUUUUGAUAUCAAAGAUGGAUUACCAGUAUGUUCUUGGUGGGGUGUUGGUUUCUCUGCUGGGGUCUGUUUUCUUCAUGAUCAUCAACACCACUCUCAGCGGCGAGAAGAAGAAGGUGGUCGAGAAAGAUUCCCGCAGCAUUAACGGAGAUGGGUACGUGAGGAUGCCGUCCCAGAACGGCAGUUUUCAACCGGAGAUUGCCAGCGGCACGGAUGUUGUCAUUGUCGGUGCCGGAGUUGCCGGUGCUGCCCUUGCUUACACUCUUGGAAAGGAAGGACGCCGUGUACAUGUGAUCGAAAGAGACUUAAGUGAGCCAGACAGAAUUGUUGGUGAGCUGUUGCAGCCUGGAGGCUAUCUCAAAUUGAUUGAGUUGGGUCUUGCGGACUGUGCAAAUGAGUCCAUUGAUGCUCAGAAAGUGUUUGGUUAUGCUCUUUACAAAAAUGGAAAUGACACAAAACUGUCUUAUCCCUUGGAAAACUAUACUUCAGAUAUCGCCGGAAGAAGUUUCCAUAACGGGCGUUUCAUCCAAAGAAUGCGUGAAAGGGUUGCAACUCUUAAAAAUGUGACACUAGAACAAGGAACUGUGACAACCCUAAUUGAAGAAAAGGGCACCGUCAAGGGUGUGAUGUACAAGAACAGGGCUGGAGAGGAGAUGAGAUCGUAUGCUCCACUGACAAUAGUAUGCGAUGGGUGCUUUUCAAAUCUCCGCCGCAAUCUCUGUACUCCAAAGGUUGACAAUCCUUCUUGCUUCGUUGGUUUGAUCUUGGAGAAUUGUGACCUUCCACAUGCAAACCAUGGACAUGUGAUUUUGGGAGACCCUUCACCCAUCUUAUUUUACCCUAUCAGUAGUACCGAGGUUCGUUGUUUAGUGGAUGUUCCCGGCACGAAAGUACCUUCAGUAGCUAACGGUGAAAUGGCGAAGUACUUGAAAACUGUGGUGGCUCCUCAGGUUCCCCCCCAACUCUUGAAGUCUUUUCUAGCGGCGGUCGAGAAGGGAAAUAUCAGAACAAUGCAAAAUAAAAGCAUGCCUGCUACUCCUGUUCCCACUCCUGGUGCAAUUUUAUUGGGUGAUGCAUUCAACAUGAGGCACCCUUUAACCGGAGGAGGAAUGACUGUGGCUCUUUCAGACAUUGUUCUUCUAAGGGAUCUUCUUAGACCCCUGACUGAUCUCAGUGAUGCACCAGCUUUGUGUGAAUAUCUCGAAUCAUUCUACACAUUGCGCAAGCCCGUUUCAUCUACUAUAAACACAUUGGCCGGUGCCUUGUACAAGGUAUUUUGUGCCUCACCUGACCCGGCAAGACAGGAAAUGCGAGAAGCAUGUUUCGACUAUUUGAGCCUUGGAGGCAUAUGUUCAUACGGACCUAUAUCGCUUCUCUCUGGACUUAACCCUCGUCCGAUCCAUCUGUUUCUCCAUUUCUUUGCUGUGGCAGUCUAUGGAAUCGGCCGCUUAAUGAUUCCAUUCCCUACGCCUAAACGUGUAUGGCUCGGGACUAGGUUGAUCUUGGGUGCAUCAGGAAUCAUAUUCCCCAUUAUUAAGGGUGAAGGAGUUAGACAAAUGUUCUUUCCUGGAACAAUCCCGGCAUAUUACAAUGCUCCUCCUCUUCAAUGAAGGAUCGGGAACAAGCAAUAUUGAAGUAUACAUGGAGACAAAAAAAGCAUGACUGCGAAGAAAUAUGGUUUCAAGCAGAGCAAUUCAAUUCAUACUCUUAUUUCUGACUACCGUAGAGUAUAGUGACAACACUCAUAAUUAAUGUACAUGAUAUUCAUACUCUUUUGUUUUAUUCUAUUGCAAUUAGAAUCAGAAGUUAUUGUUCUUUUUGUUGUGCAAGACCUUUUACACUUUCUAUGUAUUUUGCCUCCUACGAGGCGACGAAUUGUAUCAGAACUUUGUCCAAACAUUUGUUGUGGUAAAUUUUUGGUG